AUGAAGCUUUCUGCGACCAUCGCCCUCGCUGCUGCGGGCUCGCUAGCCGCUGCCCAAGGCCAUCACCACGGUCACCAGCACGUCCACAAGCGCGAUACCGUAGCAACCUCGGUUGUUGACGAAGUCGUGACUGUCUACCAACUUGACGGAACUCCGGUUCCAGUCGCCGAUGUCUGCAAGGGUAUCAAGGAUGGCCAAUACAAGUGGGCUGAGGGCAAUGGUCCUUCUGGAGCCUGCGUUACUUCCACUGCCGCCCCGACCAGCACCAGUGUCGCAGUCCAGGCCGCCGAGUUUAUUGAAACCUCUAGCUCUUCUUCAAUUGUUAGCAUCUCAUCGGCGAUCACCACUUCCUCGACCCCUACUUCUUCAGCCACUCCCACGAGCAGCUCUACCACCAGCUCUUCCAGUACCAGUACCAGCACCAGCUCUACCCCUACGUCUACCUCCACCUCGACCAGCAGCACCCCUCUUGCUACUUCGUCGAAGACUUCCACUAGCAGCACUAGUACCGCCACUGGCAUCGACGCUUCUUUCCCCGACGGCGAGCUUUCCUGCGAUACCUUCCCUUCUGCCUAUGGUGCGGUUGCCCUCGACUACCACGGACUUGGUGGCUGGAGUGGUGUCCAAUAUGUUACACUUAACUCUCUUGAAACUCUCGUUGAGGAAAUUGUAACCGCUGUCAGCGGUGAGAGCUGCACUGAUGGUGCCAUGUGCUCUUACCAAUGCCCAGAUGGUUACCUGAAGUCUCAGUGGCCCUCUGCGCAGGGCAGCACCGGUCAGUCCGUUGGUGGUAUCACUUGCAAAAACGGCAAACUCUACAGAACCAACACCGAUUAUGACACUCUUUGUAUUGCUGGUGUCGAGGGAGUUACUGUCAAAAACACCAUGUCGUCCCUAGUUUCAGUUUGCCGAACAGACUAUCCUGGAACUGAAAGUGAGACUCUCCCCACCGUUGUCGACGCUGGAUCCACUGUGCCACUCGCCAAUCCCGAUGGAUCUACCUACUACAAGUGGGAAGGAAAAGAUACCUCGGCCCAGUAUUACAUCAACCCUGCCGGCAAAAAAGAGUCAGUUGCUUGUGUUUGGGGUUCAUCCGGCUCUGAUGUGGGUAACUGGGCCCCAAUGAACCUUGGUGUUGGCUACACGGAUGGAGUGACCUACAUCUCCAUUUUCCCCAACACGCCCACUACAGAUGCCACUCUUGACUACAAUGUCCGCAUUGAAGGAGCAAGUGGAUCAUGCUACUGGGAUGCAUCUAGCCAGACUUACAACGAUGACUCUGGAACGAGCAGCACUGGCUGCACAGUCUCCAUUUCUGAAGGAGGCAGUGCCCAGAUUGUCUUUUCUUCCUAG